CAAAGCAGGCAAAACCCUCAUUGAUUAGUUUUGGCUCAUGAUCAAUCACCACAUGUCAGGAAGAGGCUCCUCGGUCGACAUGCAUGAUUCUUCCUUAGGCUUGAUGCAGUUCCACGAUCACCACCAGUACAUGUACGGCAGCAGCACCGGCCCUUUCUUACCUCAACACCACGGCUUCAUCCACGCCGAGGAAGAUCGCUGCACCGGCAAGGUCGUGCCGGGGUUGGUCGAGCCGGCCGCGGCCGGGGUAGCCGAGGAGGUGGAGUUCGACGCGUGCAAGGAGGGAGGAGGCGACGUCGCGGUGGUGGGUCAAGAGAGGCAGCAGCAGGAGGACGCGCCGAAGCAGGGCGAGGAGGAGAAGGAGGCCCACGGCGUGCGGAUGAUCGCGCUGCUCAUGGAGUGCGCCGUGGCCAUGUCGGUGGGGAACCUCGCCGACGCCAACGGGACGCUCCUCGAGCUGUCGCAGAUGGCGUCCCCCUACGCGCCCUCCUGCGGCGAGCGCCUCGUCGCCUACUUCGCCAGGGCCAUGGCAGCGCGGCUCAUGAGCUCCUGGGUCGGCGUCUGCGCGCCCGUGCACCCGUCCUCCGCCUCCUCCUGGUCCGGCGUCCACGCCGCCUUCCGGGCCUUCCACAGCGUCGCGCCGUUCGCGAGGUGCGCCUACCUGGCCUGCAACCAGGCCAUCCUGGAGGCGUUCCGCGGCAAGCGCCUCGUCCACGUCGUCGACCUCGACGUCGUGCCGGGCGGCGCGCUGCAGUGGCUCCCGCUGCUCUCCGCGCUGGCGGCACGGCCGGGCGGCCCGCCGGUGCUCCGCGUGACGGGAUUCGGCGUGUCGGCGUCCGCGCUGCACGACGCCGGCACCCAGCUCGCCGGGCUGGCGACCAAGCUGGGCAUGCCGUUCGAGUUCUACGCCGUCCCGAAGCGGCCCGGAGUUGUCAUCGACGCCGUGGCCGACCUGCCGAGCAGGAGGCCUGGGGAGGUCGUCGCCGUGCACUGGCUCCGUCACGCCCUCUACGACGCGGCCGGGGACGACGUGGUCACGAUGCGUCUGCUGCGGUGGCUCGAGCCCAAGCUGGUGACGCUGGUGGAGCAGGAGAGGGGGCCGGCCGGCGGUGACGGCGGCCAAUUCCUGGACCGCUUCGUCGCCGCGCUGCACCACUACUCGGCGGUGUUCGACGC